GUGAACAAUGACAUUUAUAGCGAAGACUUUUUAUGAUCUGCGUGCCACUACACUGGAAGGGGAAACAGUAGAUUUCAAUAUUUUCAGAGGAAGAGUGGUGUUAAUUGAGAAUGUGGCAUCACUUUGAGGGACAACCACCCAGGACUACGUACAGCUUAAUGAGCUCCAGAGCAGGUAUCCUCACCGGCUUGUGGUCCUGGGCUUUCCCUGCAACCAGUUUGGAUACCAGGAGAACUGUUCUGAUGCAGAAAUUCUAAAUUCCUUGAAAUAUGUACGUCCAGGUGAAGGGUAUAAACCUGCAUUCACCAUUUUUGAGAAGUGUGUUGUAAAUGGGAGUAAUGCACAUCCUGUCUUUUCUUACUUGAAAGACAAGCUUCCCUAUCCAGAUGAUGACACUAUGUCAUUCAUGCAGGACCCUAAAUAUCUGGUCUGGAAUCCCAUCAGUCGGAAUGAUAUUUCAUGGAAUUUUGAAAAAUUUCUUAUUGGACCAGAGGGUGAGCCCUUCAAGAGAUACAGUAAAAGGUUUCAAACUAUCAAUAUUGAACCAGACAUUCAAAGACUACUGAAACUGACGAAGAACUAAUCAAAAACAAGUUAACUGAUCAUGUUUCAUAUUUAGUCAUGUGUUAAUUCAAUGUGGCAAUAUUGGCAAUGAUUUUUGAUUUACAUUAUCUUCCAUGUUAGCAACAUUGUGGCAUCAUCUUAAUUUCUUUUAUAUUCCUUAAUGAGAGUGACACACCAAAAUGUAACAGGGUUUCACUUGAUAUUGUAAAUAUGAAAGAAUUAUGGAUGGUGCCAUUAACAAAUUCUCUGCAAUGGAAGUACCUUA